CGUGUUCUUUUCAUUUCUCCACAGCCUAAAGGAAAAAAGGCUAAGGGGAAGAAGGUGGCACCUGCCCCUUCAGUGGCCAAGAAACAUGAGGCCAAGAAAGUCGUGAACCCUCUGUUUGAGAAGAGACCUAAGAACUUUGGCAUUGGUCAAGACAUCCAGCCGAAGCGGGAUCUUACCCGAUUCGUGAAAUGGCCACGUUAUGUUCGGCUGCAGCGCCAGCGGGCCAUCCUCUACAAACGUCUGAAGGUUCCCCCUGCAAUCAACCAGUUCACCCAGGCUCUGGACCGCCAGACUGCUACACAGCUGUUUAAGUUGGCCCACAAAUACAGGCCAGAGACCAAGCAGGAGAAGAAACGAAGACUGCUGGCUCGUGCUGAACAGAAGGCUGCUGGAAAGGGCGACGUGCCCACCAAGAGGCCACCAGUCCUCCGUGCAGGUGUGAACACAGUGACCACACUAGUGGAAAGCAAAAAGGCUCAGCUGGUUAUUAUUGCCCAUGAUGUGGAUCCCAUUGAGCUGGUGGUGUUCUUACCUGCUCUGUGCCGCAAGAUGGGUGUCCCAUACUGCAUCGUGAAAGGCAAGGCCAGACUGGGCAGACUUGUGCACCGAAAGACCUGCACUUCUGUUGCCUUCACACAGACCAACCCCGAAGACAAAGCAGCUCUUGCCAAACUGGUGGAGGCCAUCAAGACUAACUACAAUGACAGAUAUGAGGAGAUCCGUCGUCACUGGGGAGGUAACGUUCUGGGUCCUAAGUCAACUGCUCGCAUUGCUAAACUUGAGAAGGCAAAGGCCAAGGAGCUGGCCACUAAACUGGGUUAAGUUCCUGCAAUCUAUCUUGUUUAAUAAAUCCAAGUGUCCACACAAAA